UUUUAAAUGUCAAUUAAAAUCUUUCCUCAAUUUCAUCAAGAAAAGGAAGCAUUACACGAUCACCGUUAAAUAUCGACAAGAGAAUCAAUCAAUCAAUUUGAAAAAGAUAUUUCAAAUAUUACUUCACAGCCUGGAUAUAGCACAGAUCAUAUAGUAAUGGAAGAAAAUCAAUUGAUCAAUCAAUCUGAUCGACAAAUUCAGGCGCAAUUAACUAAAACGACAACUACAAAGUUAUAUGAGGGGGAGACAGUUUUUGAAAAACAAAUGAUAAGAGAUCUGACAAUGAUCAAAUUCGAUAUAUGAGCAAUUCUGGAAACAGUGACAACAUUGAGCCAGAACUGGAUUAACAGACAUAAAGAAACUUUUGUUGAGAGGAAUGAGCAAAAACAGGAAGAAAAUAUUUUGCCAACUUUUGCUUUACAAAAUUGGAAAAAUUUCCUGGAUUUGGAAAAUUUAUUACAAACCGAAGACACUGCACGAGCACAACUUCAUCACCAUUAGCAAGAAAACGGAGAAUCUUUUGAAAGAAAGGGAGAUACUCAUUGGCGAGAUGGAAACUAUGCGACAACGCAUGAAAAAUAUAUCCUUUUACGCACAGGAGCUUGAGCAAAAAAAUAACGAAGCGAAUCAACAAAUGACAGAGAUGCAGGAAACCAUUGGCAUGCAACUGAAUGAAAUCUCGCGAGAAAAAGGUACCCGAGAGAAAUUAGAAAUUGAGAUGCGACAACUUCAGGAAGAAAUUAAUAUAAAAAAGAACGAACUGGAGUUGACUGUAGUGCGUUCUUCAUGAUUUUCCCCAUUAUCACUCAUCCGAAGCGAC